GGAGCUGGACAGAUACCUAAAGACGGUGCCGUAUCAGCCGGGCUGUGGUUCGUACGUUGGAUUGCGUGCGGCCAGCAGUAACAGCCUCGUUGAUCAGGCCCUGAUCCACCUGGAGGCCUGGUCGUGGACCGGGCCGCGGGGGCGUUGAUCCCCGGAAUGCCCUCCAGGUAGACCCAGACCCUAGAGCAAAUCACACUCAACACGAGCACCUCUUCCUCCUGCAGGAGUUGAGAGCGACAGACACUGAGAAUGGUGCAGUUAGCGACGCCUCUGACCUGUUUGGUGAUGGUCACUCUAGCAGUAGCCAAGCCACAACUGAGCUCCGGAUCUGUUUCGCAAAGACUGGAUACACUCCGGGAUGUUAUCCAAGCUGGUAGAAUUCCAGUUAUCCCUCUGCCAUCAACAUCAAGUGGAUCAACUCGGUGUCGUGAAGACUGUGUCAAGAUAUACAUGCCAGUCUGUGCCAGUAACGGCAGGACCUAUAACAACAAGUGUAUCCUGGAGGCUGAGAGCUGCAAGGACCGCAGAGCAGGAGGAACAGGAUUCGUACAAGUUGCAGACGUUGCUUGUGGUAAGUGAGGUAGCAGAGAUGAAAGGUUAAAAUAA